AUGAGAAAAGGAGGAACAAGGGCGGGAGAAGGGGAAGAGGAUUUACAGGCCGUAUCUGAGAAAAGAGAAAGAAGCAAGCGAAAAAGAGCUAAGAGUAAACAAGAAACAAGCAGAAGAGAGAACAACGAAGAGGAAGAAGCUCAACUGACAGGUGGCAAGGGAACAAAAGCAAGAAAGGAUAUCAGAAAUGAAAAAACACGCAGAAUGGAGAAGGAGGAAGUGCGAGAAGUUGAUGAAAAUGUUGAUAAGGGAAAAAAGAAACAGGGAAGUACCAAAAAGGGAGAGAAGAAAGAAGAUGGAGGUAAACAGCUGGUAAAGGAAAAAGCCCGGGACAUAAAAAAGAAAAAGCACAAAAAGGCUGAAACAAGUUCAGAGCCAGAGACAAGCGAAGAGGACGAUGAUGAAGAAGAGGACAGUGACAAGGAUGUGGUGAGGCCGGAGUGUCUCUCUCCAGAGGAGCUGGAGAAGCUGAAGGAGGCAGUGGAUGAGAGGAAGAAACUGAUCCAAAGUCUAAGGGGAAAACCCUGGCCAAUGAAAAAGAAACUUGUCACUUUAAGGGAGUCUCAGGAGUUUGUAGAAAAAUAUGAAGGCGCCUUGGGAAAGGGAAAAGGCAGGAAGCUCUAUGCAUACAAAGUCCUGAUGACCAAGAAAUGGAUGAAAUUCCAACGGGACUUUGAAAACUUCAAAACUGCAUGCAUCCCAUGGGAGAUGAAAAUAAAGGAGAUUGAAAGUCAUUUUGGCUCCUCAGUUGCCUCAUACUUCAUCUUUCUGAGGUGGAUGUAUGGCAUCAAUAUGAUCUUGUUUGGUCUGACCUUUGGCCUGGUUAUGGUACCAGAGGCUUUAAUGGGGCGACCUUAUGGGAGCAUGCCAAGAAAGACUGUGCCCAGAGCUGAGGAGGCCAGUGCGAUGGACUUUGCUGUUCUUUGGGACUUUGGGGGUUACGCACAGUACUCAGUCCUCUUCUAUGGCUACUACAACAAUCAGCGUACGGUGGGCUGGCUCAAGUUUCGUAUGCCUCUGUCUUACUUCCUGGUUGGUGUCGGUACAGUGGCCUAUAGCUACAUGGUGGUUAUCAGAACGAUGGCACGUAAUGCAAAUGAAUCAGGGGUCGGCGAUGAUAACAGCUUCAAUUUCAGCUGGAAAAUGUUCACCAGCUGGGACUACCUGAUAGGAAAUGCUGAAACAGCAGACAAUAAGUUUGCUUCCAUCACCACCAGCUUCAAGGAGGCAAUCUUAGAGGAGCAAGAGAGCCACAAGGAUGACAACAUCCAUCUGACUCGAUUCUUGCGUGUGCUGGCCAACUUCCUGGUUUUGUGCUGCUUAGCAGGAAGUGGAUACCUCAUCUACUUUGUAGUGCGCCGUUCUCAGAAAUUUGCCUUAGAUGGACUGGAGAAUCACACGUGGUGGGAAAGGAAUGAGGUGAACAUGGUCAUGUCAUUACUGGGGAUGUUCUGUCCGAUGCUGUUUGAUGUAAUCAGCACCCUGGAGAACUACCACCCGCGGGUUGCCCUGCAGUGGCAGCUCGGUCGCAUCUUUGCCCUCUUCUUGGGAAAUCUCUACACCUUCAUUAUUGCACUCAUGGAUGAGAUCAACCUUAAACUGGAAACGGAGCAGGAGCUCAAGAAUGCCACUGAAUGGGCUAUACAUGAGUACAAUGCCAACUACAGCUCCUACUACAACACGACGGAUGUGCCUCCACUGGUCGUGAACCCUGCAGAUGCUGUCAGAGGACCCUGUUGGGAGACUGCAGUGGGAAUAGAAUUUGUGAAACUUAUCGUAUCAGACAUGCAGGUAACCUUUUUGACUAUCUUGAUCGGUGACUUUGGGCGAGCUAUCAUCGUUCGCUUCCUCAACUACUGCUGGUGCUGGGACCUGGAGGCCGGAAUCCCAUCUUAUGCAGAGUUUGACAUCAGUGGGAAUGUGCUGGGGCUUAUCUUCAAUCAAGGAAUGAUAUGGAUGGGAGCAUUUUACGCUCCAGGUCUGGUGGGUCUGAAUGUGCUGCGUCUCCUGACGUCGAUGUACUUCCAGUGCUGGGCAGUGAUGGCCUGUAAUGUUCCUCACGAGCGAGUUUUCAAGGCAUCGAGGUCCAACAACUUCUACAUGGGCCUGCUGCUCCUCGUGCUCUUCCUUAGCUUGCUUCCUGUUGCCUACACCUUAUUGUUGGCCAUCUACUACCUUAACACAGUGUCAAAGGGAUACCAACAGGCAAACCUGGACCUUAAAAAGAAGAUGAAAAUGAGGAUGGUAGAGAAAUCUUACAAAAGGAAAAAAAUGAGCAGUAGAAUUAGACCACGUAUUUUAAUAUGUGCUCCACCGUUGGGGGUGUGA